UAAAUCUUCAAUCAGUAAUGAAACUGUUUUAUAGGACUCGAAACCGAUGGCUUUUUCUGUUUGUCUUUAAAUGAUGGCGCAUUUUCGUUUGUUGUGGACAUUAGCUUGAGGUCGAUGUCCUUAGUACUACGUGAAUGACAAUUUUCAGACAGCUUGGUUGCUUUCAUUUCGUUUCAUUCAUUGUCAAAGGAUGAUACGGUGCUGUCGCGUACCGAGCGCUCGCUGGAGGGGUGGAAAACUCCAUUAAAACGAAUAGUGUGUGAUAUUUGUGCCAGUGAUUUAUAAGAAAAUAUAUAACGUAGUGUUGUGGUGUCAUGAUUUUUUUGCACUUUGAUCAUUCGUGCUUUUGAUUUUUUAGAAAGCUCAAUACAUAUCGAAUAACCAACGCCAGCCAAACAGAAGACUGAUAUACAAUAUACACUACAUGCUAUGUAGAUAAUAUACACAUUCCAUUGCAACGCGGCAUGAGCGGUGGCCAUUUUGUAAACGCGUAGAAACAAGAUGGCGACGGCUGUGAAGACUGUGGUGGAGGCUGAGGAGGCGGAGAAGCUUCUAGAAAAGAACAAAGUGACGGUGGUGCCGCAGGAGGAGGGAUUGGUGUCCGUAAAGAGCUCCAAGAAAGUAAAACUACCAGAAGAUGAGUCGGCAGCGGUCGGGGGCGGUCGCUUCACCAUCGGGCCGGCGCCCGAGCGGGACUGGGAGAUGGUGCCGCCGGAUGGGAAGUGGGGAUGGUGCAUUCUCGUAGGUGCAACGCUAGUGAACAUCCUGAUCCCGGGAACGAUCAAGUCCUUCGGCGUGCUUCUGGUGGAGUUUAACGACGUGUUUGAAGCGUCGGCCUCCGCGUCCAGCGGAGUGGUAGCGCUCUGCUACUUCCUCUACAGUAGUCUAGGUCCUUUAUCCUCGAUCCUGUCAGUGAAAUGGUCGUACCGGACGGUGACGCUUCUCGGCGGGACGUUCGCGGCUUUCGGCAUGAUAUUCAGCAGUUGGGCCUUCAAUAUUAGCUAUCUAUACUUCAGUUUCGGCGCGCUAGUGGGCGCAGGCGCGGGCCUAGCGUUCCCGCCGACCGUGUACAUAGUGACGUCAUACUUCGUGCGCCUGCGCGGCCUCGCCAACGGCAUCUGCAUGUCGGGCUCCGCGUUCGGCUCCAUCAUCCUGCCGCCGGUGCUGCGCUUCCUGCUCGAGACCUACGGCUACAAAGGAGCAGUGCUGAUCCUGGGCGGCAUUAUGCUGAACGUGUGGGCUGCGGCGCUGCUGUUCCAGCCCGUGGAGGAACACAUGGUCCGCAAGUACAAAGAGCCUGAGGAAGAGGAAGACAACCCGCAGCUGGAACCGUUCAUAGAAGAAGAGCUUCCCGAUAUUGAAGACGCGGAGCAUCCCAAAGUCCUCGUGACGAGUGAAGCCAACACGCCCUCUGGCGGAGACCGCCUCAUCAACGGCUCACCCCCCACAUACCCCUCCCACAAUAAUCUCGACGAGAAGAACUUCUACCGCUCCGCCAGCGCCGCACUUGUAAACAAAGAACAUGAAAGGUACAGAAAGAUCUCCGCCCCUGCAGCAUCCAAACACGGUCUACAACAUAUCUCUAGCAAGGUCUCCACUAUGCCUAGCAACCCGUCUUUGCUGGACUCAGUACCCGAAGGCAAAGCUAGCAGAGUCAACUCCACAGACGCGUUCGGCAGAAAGUUAACUAUACCUAAAACACCCAAGCGAAGUCCGUCUACUUCGUCCUUCCAAUAUAUGUCUACCCCCUUCCAUGGCUCAACGCUAUCCGCGUUUGAGAAGCCCAGUGAAUUCGCCAGUCAAUUCAGCCUCAAAUCUGUCACAGAAAGCUUGGCUCCUAUAACGUAUUGCUGCGGCUGCAAAAAGAAAGAAGUCAAGAAGGAACCUAGCAAAUACUUUGAUUUACAAUUAUUGAAAGACCCUAUAUAUCUAGUUAUAUUAUUCUCCAAUUGUACUAACGCUAUUUCGUAUACUAACUUUAUUAUUCUUGUGCCCUCGUACGCUAAAGAAUGCGGGUUCGAUAAGAGUUUAGGUGCGUAUUUAUUGUCAAUUAUUUCAGCGUUAGAUUUAGCGGGUCGUAUCGGAGGGUCAGCCAUUUCCGAUGUAGUUUCCACACCUAAGCGAUAUUUCUUUAUAUUCGGGCUGUUGCUAUCUGGUCUAAGUUUAGCAGUAUUGCCUUUAUUUACAAGCUAUGCAGCUAUAAGUGUCUUCUGUUCUAUUUUCGGGUUAGCUUCAGGGAUAAACACUGGGGUUACCGCGUUAGUGAUGACUGAGAUGCUGGGGACAGAGCGUUUGAUGUCUUCUUACGGUAUAAGUUUGUUUAUAAAUGGUAUACUUCAGUUGGUAGGGCCGCCUAUAUGCGGCAUCUGGUUUGAGUACACGCAGUCCUAUAAGUCUCUGUUUGUGACUUUAGGGUUGAUUCUGGUGGGGGGAGGGUCCCUGUGGGGGUUCGUACCGAUUAUAAAUAAUAGUAGAAGAAAGCAUCAGAUGCGGGUGGAGGCGGGAAUGAAAGCGUAGUGUUUUUGAAAGGUUUCGUUUUCUUGAAGUCUUGAUUUUGAUGAAGUCGAUGUACUUAAAUUGCCUCACUUGAAUUGAAUUUAAUUCGUCCGCUGGACAAAUCGAAUUUAUUUACCUAAGGUCUUUUUGGUAUAUUUGCUGGAUUUAUUACAUUUUUAUACUGUAAACUUUUCUCAGAAAUAGGCACUGUCCCACCGCGAGCUAGUAAACUAUGAGCUAUCGGCUAUAAAAACGAACAAAAGAUAAUCACUCCCGC